AUGUCGAGUAAAUAUACUGUAUGUGGAGUAUGUGAUUAUCAGAACAUUAACACACAAUCAGUUGUCUGGUGUUCAGAAUGCGACGAAGGACUUUGUGAAGAAUGUAAAGUGCAUCAUGCAGCGUCAAAGGCGACCAGAAACCAUAGUAUCGUUCAAAUCUCGGAGUACCAGAGGCUUCCUUCCAAUAUAUUGGAAAUCACUCAAACAUGUUCAAAACAUGAUGAAAAAUUCCAAAUAUUCUGUAAGAAACAUGAUAUUCCAUAUUGUAGACGAUGCGUUGUUGAAACACAUAACGAUUGCAAAGAUUUAAACGCGAUAGAGGAUGUCAUAAAGAAUGUAAAAUCUUCAAGUGCAUUUUCAGAGAUGGAACAAGUGCUGAAAGAACUUUCAGAAAAUUUGCAGAAUAUAAUAAAAGAUAGACAAGAAAACAUUACAAGUAUAAGGGAGAACAGAAUACAAAUAGAAAAGGAAGUUCAGCAGACACGAAGCCUGAUUAACAAUCACCUUGAUAGGCUACAGGAAAUUUUGAUAAAAGAGUUGUAUGACGUUGAGAAAAAGGAAAGCACAAAAAUUAAAAACAUAAUAUCAUCCAUUCAAGAAAGUGAAAGAAAGAUUACCGAAUGCAAAAGUACUUUAUAUACAAUAAAACAACAUGCAUCAGACCUCCAGACGUUUCUUGCAAUGAAACACAUCCAGAAAGAUGUCAGAAACAACGAAAACUUUUUGGAAUCCUUGAUUAAAGAAACCAAAAUGAACAAUGUUUCCAUUACCUGGAAAAACGAAACUGCCUUGAAGAUCUUACCUGUCCAAACUAAAAAGAUGGGGACCAUAAUACUAAAUACCAGGGCAGGUGAUGCAACACUAACAAACAAAAAGAACAAACAAGCGCAGAUGAUGAUGCCUACUACACCUGUUUCUACCAUUGAUGAUAUAAAACUUACUUUAAGACAAACCGUGAACACAAUUGGACAGGAUAUCAAAAGUUGUUGCUUAUUACCUGGUGGCAGAAUGAUUUUUUCCUGCUAUAGAAGUAACAAAAUUCACGUGCUCAAAUCAAGCGGGACUUCAGAUUUUACACUUGAGACAGGAUCCACAACAUCUCAUAUCCACUUUAUCGAAAAAAGUCAAAAACUUGUCGUAACAACUGGGGAAAACAACCAACGCAUUGAGAUAAUCGACAUGAAAAGUAGAAAAUCUGAGAAAUCUAUUGGAGUUGGAACAAGGACUUUUGGGAUAAUUAACAAAGAAGGGAAAUUAUUUUAUAAUGGAGAAAGAGCUGGAUUAUGUUUUGUAAAUUUAAAUGACGACUCUUUAACACAGUUAGUUGACGUUGCAUUGUCUACAUGUAGCAGCAUUGCAACAUGGUCAGAUCAACUAUAUUUUAUAGGCGAAGAUGAUUCAGUAACAUGCAGUAAUCUACAAGGAGGAAUUAAAUGGAAAUUUAAGUUGAAAACAUUUACAGUUCCACGAGGUAUAACAGUGGACAAUAACGGACGUGUUUACGUAUCAGGCUAUUGGACGAGUAAUGUCAUUGUAAUUUCACCAGAUGGAAGCAAACAUAGAGUGUUGCUGUCACAACAAAAUGGUAUUAAUAAACCACAGUCUUUGUUCUUCGAUCGAAUAAAUAACAAGUUACUUGUUGCGAAUACAUGCAAUUACGCAUUUCUUUAUGACAUUUCAAAUUGAAUAGAUACACUAUCCCUGGGAUGAUCUUAGCUGUGAUAAAUGUUUUUGUUAUGAAAACACGUACUUUUUGUGAGAAUCUAAAAUACUAUACAGAUCGAUUUAUUACGAAACAACUGCAUUUGUAAUCGCUACAGUCAUUUUUGUUGUUGUAUUAAACAUAAAAAAUAUACGUUAAUUAAGAUUCAAAGAAAG